AUCACCUACAAAAGUUAGUACAAGAAAAUCAAUAGAAAUGCUCAGUACUGGCCUUUUGUUAAAAUGGGAUUUUCUUUAUGCUGGAACUGGAAAGUGGAUUACCUUUGGUGAAUUCAACGAGCCUGUAAUCUAUUUGAAGCUUCUGUUUUGCAAUCUUUCAGUUGGGAAAGCAGAACUUACCCUCUUACAAGAUGUGCCAUCUUCGUGUUACUAUAUCUAUAUUGAUUCCGGUGCAGGGGACUUCAGUAGAUCCCAUCCUAUUUCCUAACAACAAAGUAGUCUCCCAUACACUCCCUUGCUUUUAUGUAUGCAACACAAAAAGUAAAGAACCAAAAAAGGGUGAUCCUGUAGACUGCUAAUGAAAAGAAGAAAAAAGU